GCAUGCAGCAUGAGGCUAAGCUGAUGAGAAUGAAAUCAAAUUCACUGGAAGAAAACAUACCUGAUUAUCUCAGUCACUCAGAAGCCUUCAUAGCCUACAUUACAAGCACCAGAAAUGCAUGAUCAUCACAGAAAGUACAGUGAGGCUAACAUCUAUUGAUGAUGUGUCUUGGAGGUGUUAGAAUGACAGACUCAGUCAACAUUAACUAUCAUUGUAUGGAAAAGCAUGCUAACAAUGGUUGAUAUACAACUCCAGAAUGACUUCAUCAUUAGUGCACCAAAGGAAAAGCCGGUUACAUCUAAACAAGCUGUUAUUACAUAGUUAGAACCUGGUUUGAAGUGAGAGCUCUCUAUAUGGAGAUGAACGAUGAGGAAGACUUAUCUACUAAGUGCCAGAAUGCCAGAACGUCCCUUCCUCGUUUUGAGGAUGAAAAACCCCUCUUUCACAGUAACCAGACACCUCCAGGCCCCUCUGAACCAUUUUUGCUGCCAGGAAGUGAUGUGAAAGUUCCAUACACCAUCAAUCGGUAUUUACGAGACUACCAGCGAGAAGGCAUUAAAUUCAUCUAUCAAAACUAUGCCAAAUCCAGAGGAUGCAUCUUGGGUGACGAUAUGGGUCUUGGAAAGACUGUUCAGGUCAUUGGCUUCCUGGCUGCAGUUCUGCAGAAAACAGGUACAUGGAAAGACGUUGAGAACAACAGGCCUCAGUUUUUACUGUCACAGAAACCAUCAGAACGAGUUCAGAAGGUUUUCGUCAUAGUGGCUCCACUCUCUGUUCUCUACAACUGGAAAGAUGAGUUAGACACUUGGGGUCAUUUCCGAGUCGUGGUUGUUCACGGUGUGAGGAAGGAUGAAGAACUAGCACGUGUACAGAGAGGAAGAUGUGAAAUUGCCCUUACCACUUAUGAGACCCUCAGACUCUGUUUGGACCAGUUCAACAGUAUUAAUUGGGCUGCCGUUAUCGUUGAUGAAGCUCACAAAAUAAAGAACCACAAGUCCAAGAUCACUCAGGCCAUGAAGCGGAUGAGAUGUAAAGUGAGAAUUGGGCUAACAGGAACUAUCCUUCAGAACAACCUGGAGGAGCUGUGGUGUGUUAUGAACUGGGCUGUUCCUAGAUGCCUGGGUUCCCUGGGAGCUUUUAAAAACAGGUUUUCAGACCCCAUUGAGAAGGGGCAGAAGCACACCGUGACUAAAAGAGCUCUCGCAGAAGGCCGGAAAGCAGUUCAGGAACUUGCCAAAAAACUCUCACGCUGGUUCCUCAGAAGAACCAAGUCCCUCAUCAGUGACCAACUUCCUAAAAAAGAUGACAGAGUGGUGUAUUGCUCUCUGACAGACUUCCAGCGGACAGUGUACCGAGCAGUGCUGGACACGGAUGAUGUGACCCUGAUGUUGCAGAGCUCAGGAAAGUGUCCCUGUGGCAGUGGCCGUCCACGCAAGAAGUGCUGCUUUAAACUGAACGCAGACGGUGUGCCGGUCAGACAUCUGUACUUCAGUUAUCUGGCUAUACUCAGAAAAGUGGCCAAUCAUGUUGCGCUGCUGCAGUCCAAAGAUGGAACCAGCAAAAAACAGGAGAAAUACGUGACAACCAUUUGCGAGCAAGUUUUUAGGAAAUUUCCAGAUUUCACUGAGAGAUGUAAACAAGCUGCCUUUGAAGCAAUGUCUGACCCCAUGUACAGUGGAAAAAUGAAGGUUAUGCAGAAAUUACUGAAUCACUUUAUCGCAAAGAAAGACAAAGUUCUACUCUUCUCUCUAUCCACCAAGUUGUUAGAUGUUCUGGAAAGCUACUGUAUGGCUGAGGGUCUGGAAUACCACCGACUGGAUGGAAACACCAAAUCUAAAGACCGAGUGAAGAUAGUGAAAGAGUUUAACAGCUCUCGGGAUGUCAACUUGUGUCUGGUGUCAACAUUAGCUGGCGGUCUUGGUCUCAACUUCAUCGGAGCGAAUGUUGUUGUAUUGUUUGAUCCGACAUGGAAUCCUGCCAAUGAUCUUCAGGCUAUUGACAGGGUGUAUCGUAUUGGCCAGUGCAGAGAUGUGACUGUUUUUAGACUCAUCUCUUUAGGAACAGUAGAGGAGAUCAUAUACUUGCGUCAGAUUUACAAACAGCAACUUCAGUCAUCAGUGAUUGGCCAGGAGAAUGCUAGACGCUACUUUGAGGCUGUUCAGGGUACCGAUGGCUAUGCAGGGGAACUAUUCGGCAUCCGAAACCUUUUCCGCUUGCAGACUGAUGGCACAUGUCUUACCCAUCGCAUCUUGGAGAGGGAAGGCCAAUUGGAGGUGGGAAUCAUGACGGCCAGAACUCAAGCCGUGGACGAAAGGAUGCAGGAGCCUGAUCCUUGGUCAGCAGAUGCUGCUACUGAGCGAGCAGGAGGAUCAGCAGGGGUCUGUAUUAAACCCGCUGAGGUUUUGGACUUCAGCAGUGGAAGUGAGGAUGAAGAUCCCUGCUGCUCCAAGCAGAGACCCUCAGAAACACACACUGGAGAGCAGAUGGUAGCCGGUAAUACCUGUAUAGGCAAUACGGGCCUGUGUAAUCUGUUGCAGAAACAAAUGACAGAGAUGAGACAGUGGGAUACUGACACUGGAGAGGACUCCAGUAGCCAGGAUGAGGAUGACAACUGUGAAAAACUCACAGUCAUUAAGACCUCUAAAAUCAGAGAUCUGUCCAGUGAAUCUGAGGAAGAGCUAGAAGGAGUCAGUGAUGGUGAACAACAGAGAAGAUCACACAAUGAUAGUACAAAGAAUGGAAAGAAUCAUAGUCGCAAAAGAGUGAAGUUUGCAAAAAGAUCUGAAGAUGAUAUUGAACAUUUUUCUUGGUCAGAUGAUGAAGGGUUUCUGAAAGCUGUGAGAUGUGUGAAGGAGAAGGAAUCAAAUCACAGACAUUCCUCCAAGAGGGAAAACACUACAUCUGGAUUUAAAAAAGCCCAGUCAAGAGAUGAAGGAAACACUGGAACACUGGACUCGUUAUUAGGUGGGCUUCAGCAGGUGGGCUACACUCACUCUAAUCAGAAGGUUGUGGGCUCGAGCAGAGCAGAAGACCGUCUAAGCCGCGCUGCUGUGCGAGAAGUCUUUGAGCUACACAAACACUCACAGCUUCCAGCAAAUCAGAUGCUGGACGUAUCAGAGACCGAGUUAUCGGAUCCCAUUCUCACAGAUCACGUCAAUGGAGGUCAAACACCAAUGACACACAGCAGACCCCACAUAGAGCAUCCGGUCACACACACCAUCAAAACCUCCCACCGCCAGAACAAUCUCACCGUCAUAGUGGGCGAAACACCCAGCAGCAUGUGCAGGCAGCAGUUGGAAGAAAUGGCUCAAUUCUUUGGAUUCAACUCUGUGCGUGACUUUGCAGAAGAGAUUCUGAAGAGCGAUUCAGAGCAGAGACUGGGCCGAUUGCGAAGCUUCUACAGCCAAAAAAGCCCCGAACUCAUGAACAUUAUUAAAAAGACCUUUCCUAAAUCCAACAUUCAGCCAAACCCACCAAAUUCACCACCACUUUCUGUAGCCAGACAAAGACCUACCUCAAAAAGAGCCCACCCAAACUCUUCCAUCGAAGUACCAACCCCUGAAGUUGAGGAUCAAAGAAAAACAUCUAAGAAAAAGAAAACGGGUGAAACUGAAGCUUCUGAGAUUGACCUUCACUGCAGUACAGACCUCACCAAAACAGAAAUGAAGAAGUCAUCCACAGACAUUUUCCCGUUUUCAAGUUCUGGAAACAAUCCCCAAAUAAACUGUGCACCAGUUGAAGAAUGUAUUUCAAAUAUUACUACUUCCUUACAACCUUGCACCUCGCGGUCAGCCUGUGUCUCCACAGAUGAUUGUGUUGCGUCAACCUCAUCCCAGACCAGCAGUUCCUCCAAAAUCACAGAUCUUUUAGGUGACACAUCCAUCCUGAAUGACUUGUUCAAGACAAAGAAGAAAGUUGUAGACCAAUCGAGGGAUGACAAAACAUCCGCAUGCACAGAAAGAGCACCAAAAAAAGGAAAGGAUUUCUGGGACAUCUUGAAUGAGGGGAAUGAGGAGAGCAUUAAUAAACUGACCGAUCUGACCGAGGUGGAGAAGAUCUGUAACAGUGUCAGUGUCUCUGCAAAGCCUAAGAGUAAUGAGAAAACUGAAAGUUCACAACUCUGGAAGAAAAAUGAGAAAUUUCUGUGGAAACACUAGUUUUUAAAAUGUUUUAUAAUUCUAUAGAAUGUUGUUUUUUAUUGCAAUCACAGGCUUUUUAUUUAAGCGCUUUUGUUUUUAUUUCUUUUUCAUUUAGAAUUUAUUGUAUUUUUCUCAGGUAAGAUUUGAUUAAUUAAGAUUCCUUAAAACUUUGUGCACACUGUAAUUGGCUGGUAUUUGGUGUAAUUGUUUUAUCUUGUUGUUUUAAUUGUAUCAAAGUAUGUAUCUUGAUAAAGGCACAAAACAGACUUUUUCAUAAAACUGUAAU